GAAUAAAAGCUUACUGUCGUCCCACUGAGCUCUUCAAUCAGUCGUUGUGAGCGAUCGUGUGUGCAUUAUUUUUAUUUAAAAAAAAUAAAACAAAGUUACUAAACAAAAUGCGUCUAGGAGCAACAGUACCAAAUUUUAAAGUUGAUUCGACCAAGGGGCCAAUCCAAUUUUAUGAUUGGUUGGGUGACUCAUGGUGUGUAUUUUUCUCGCAUCCUGCUGACUUCACACCUGUGUGUACUACAGAGCUUGGUCGCAUGGCUGUCCACCAACAUGAGUUUGCCAAGCGUAAUACCAAACUUUUAGCUCAUUCAGUUGAUCAGUUGGCUUCUCAUGUUGAUUGGGUCAAUGACAUAAAGUCAUAUUGCUUGGACAUUCCCGGGGACUUCCCAUACCCAAUCAUUGCCGAUCCAAACCGUGACCUGGCUGUUUCAUUUGGUCUACUUGAUGAAGAACAAAAGAAGGAUCCAGAAAUUGGAAAGACCAUUCGUGCUCUGUUCAUCAUUAGUCCAGACAAGAAAUUGCGUUUGUCGAUGUUUUACCCAAUGUCAACGGGUCGCAAUGUUGAUGAAAUUCUUCGAUGCAUUGACUCAUUGCAAUUGACCGAUAGGCUCAAGGUCGUUGCUACUCCUGCCAACUGGACCCCUGGAACAAAAGUAAUGAUUUUGCCAACAGUUACUGAUGAAGAAGCAAACAAACUUUUCCCUAAGGGAUUCGAUAAGGUAUCGAUGCCAUCUGGAGUGAACUACGUUCGAACAACUGAAAAUUACUAAUUUAUAUUAAAUAAUUUCUUUUUUAUAACCAAUUUACAAUGAUUACAAU